GUACUAGCCAAGCGAACGGAUCUAAUGGGCACCUGGGCCAGCGAUUGGCAGACGGAGUAUGACAAAAUGAAGGAGCCGAUUUUUGUUGAGAAAGGAAUCAAAAUUAUUCUCAAGGAGAAGAAACGUGGAUUUUUGGGAAUUGGUUCAACCGAAGGAAAGAUUAUAACCUUCGACAAUGCCGAGGUUGUAGUUGUAUUUGGAUGGGUGUUCGGUCUACUUCUGAUGCCCUGA